ACAUUAACCCCUGACUCACAGCUGGACCGCCCCGGCCCGCAGCGCCACGUCCCGGGUGGAGCCCGCCACGGCAAAGCAGCAGUCCGGCCUCGAGCGGCCCCUCGGGGGCGGCGGGGUGGGCGCCAACAGCAGUCAGGCCUGACAAGCGGCGACCUCCAAGGGUGAGGCCUCUGCGGGCCCCCGACUCACGCGCGUCCGGGCUCUGCAAGCGCGGUGGGGAGCAGGCUGCUGUGGUCGCGGGGACUGGGUUGCGGCGCGGCGCGCCGCGUACGGGACGGCCCCAACCUCUCGACGCCCGGAGCAAGACGCCCACCCCCUGGGCGCGCUCGCUGGGCCAGAAAGGAAGACAGAAAAGCCGCGGGCUGACCGUGGUGGCGCUCGCCUGCAGAUUGAAAAGAAAUGCUGAGAAAUACAUAAAGUUUUCUUCUUCUGCCUUGGAUAUUUAUAAUGGGUAUCGGGAAGUCUAAAAUAAAUUCCUGCCCUCUUUCUCUCUCUUGGGGUAAAAGGCACAGUGUGGAUACAAGUCCAGGAUAUCAUGAGUCAGAUUCCAAGAAGUCUGAAGAUCUAUCCUUGUGUAAUGUUGCUGAGCACAGCAAUACAACAGAGGGGCCAACAGGAAAGCAGGAGGGAGCUCAGAGUGUGGAAGAGAUGCUUGAAGAAGAAGCUGAAGAAGAGGUGUUCCUCAAAUUUGUGAUAUUGCAUGCAGAAGAUGACACAGAUGAAGCCCUCAGAGUCCAGAAUCUGCUACAAGAUGACUUUGGUAUCAAACCCGGAAUAAUCUUUGCUGAGAUGCCAUGUGGCAGACAGCAUUUACAGAAUUUAGAUGAUGCUGUAAAUGGGUCUGCAUGGACAAUCUUAUUACUGACUGAAAACUUUUUAAGAGAUACUUGGUGUAAUUUCCAGUUCUAUACGUCCCUAAUGAACUCCGUUAACAGGCAGCAUAAAUACAACUCUGUUAUACCCAUGCGGCCCCUGAACAAUCCCCUUCCCCGAGAAAGGACUCCCUUUGCCCUCCAAACCAUCAAUGCCUUAGAGGAAGAAAGUCGUGGCUUUCCUACACAAGUAGAAAGAAUUUUUCAGGAGUCUGUGUAUAAGACGCAACAAACUAUAUGGAAAGAGACAAGAAAUAUGGUACAAAGACAAUUUAUUGCCUGAGAUGAAACAUAUAACAUGUGGCUGGCUCUUGUUUUGUAAACCAAAUGAUUAAUCUUCACUUGAGAAAGCAGUUUCUAGGAAAUGUUUAAAUAAAAGAGAGUCUUCGCCUUAAAGAAACCUAUGGAGCACAAGAAAGAUAAAUUUCUGCAGGACAGUCUAUAAAAUUGUGGUACUUUUUGAUGUUUCAGUAAACUUGACAUUGUCAGAGUUUCAAGGACUUUUCUUUCACAAUUUUCCUAGUUCAUGGAUAUGAAAAAGGAAUUCUCAAUCCAUAUUCCUCGUAUUGAACCUUGAACAAAAACUUGUAUGACAGACAUUUUUAAAAAUGUGACAACACUUUUAUUCUCUGAAUUUUGAUCUCAAAGGACACAGAAAAAAAAUGGCCCCAGGAGAUCUGAUCACACUUCCUCCUGAGGCACCUCUCAUGGAUGUUGCAAUAAGCAUUCGGGUACUAUCACCCAGAAAUAUGAAUUGCCAGAAUAGAACAUUUAGCAUGUUGAGCGUUGAUGCAUAUAAAAUCAGAAAUAGAUGUGAGAAUGGUGGAACUUUUUAAAAGAACCCAGUCAAAUGUAUUUUCUGCUGAAAUCUGCAUAUUUGGAGGCAUUUCCCACCACCGAUUCACAGCCCAUUUGAUAGUGUGGUAGUUAGGGACUUCGUGGAGUGGUGUUCAGACGUCCCCUGGGGCUUAAAGCUCUUCAUAUUAGUCAUCAUUUGUAACUAUGGCUUUAUUUGCAGAGCUUCUAAAAGGCGUAUAACUGUGUGAGUGGCCAGAUAUUCACUUUUUAAAUCAAAAACCUCUCUUAUGGAAGCUUUAAAAGUUUCCCUCACACACAAUUCUCUUCUCAGGAAGUAUUUCUCAUUUAGGUCUUCAAAGUAGCCUGACUGUGUGCAUGUGUGUGUGUGAUAGGUUAUUUAUAAAGACUUUGGAUAGAAGGAGAUGUAUUUUAUUACCUCCUAUUCUAGAGCCCCAUGCUCCUAACAAGCCAGAGAGGCCCCAAACAGGCUUGUUUCUUUCCUCCACAGCCCUUCUGCCCAUCUGAGAUUGAGGGAGCAUCGUCCACUUGAGAUCAGGGAUGGAGUGGAGAAUGGGUCAUGUCAUGUAAUGAGAAAAGCCCUCUUCAGGAUCAUGAGACUUGGUUCUAGUCCAAUUUCUGCCACUGAGGAUGAAUGUAACUGUGGGCAAACUAUUUACCCUCCUUUAUCUGUGAAAUGAAAGGGUUGAAUUGAUGGAUCUCUAAAGGCCUUUGUCCUCUAUGAGGAUGUGAAAAACUAGGGGCCACAAAAGGGAAUAAGCAAAAAAGUUUGGAUUCGAUAAAGUGAUAUAUAAUAGUUGCAGAAGGCUUUAUAUAUGCUUAUAAUGAAAAGAUAUUUUUUGUAUAUUGACAGCAUAAUUUAUUUUUAAUGCUGUCAUUACACUUAAAGUCACAGGGAAAAAAUAUACAUGCUUACUCAGGCUUUCUUAAAAAUAAAUUUUUAUAGAGAUCCUUGAGUAAAGACAUUUUGCUUAAUUUCUUUUUUCUUAUUCCCCACUUGUAUAUCCCCUAACAGUAGCGGGAUCUGCACACAUCUUUUUUCAGUUACCUCUUCAUAGCCAUGAACCAAAACGUUCUAUGAGGAGCAUGCAAGUAAGUCGAGCCUCCUAUUCUAUGAGUACUUAUUAGAGGAGGAGAUUGUUUUCAUUGCAUAGUGACAUUUUCUUAGCCUUAACGUUCUGAUAGUAGCUUACUACUCACUUCUCUUUUUCAGUUUUCAUAAUAAGUGUUCAUUUUUUUGCCAUAAUGCUUCCUGUAAAGCCAAUUUUAUAUACUAAUAAAACAUGAACUGCCCACUCUUCAUGCCUGCCAAACUUGGGGCAAUUGAUGCUAAAUGGUAUUUUUAAAAUAAAUGUUUUUAUUCUUUACUCUUGA